CCACCACCGUGGCCAACUUCCUCUUCACACUCCCUCAACUAUUCACCGUCAGGUCCGAUACGCAGUUUUUUUUGCAAAACCUGUCGGUCUCAUUUUCCCCUUAUUUCCACUCGCCGCUUUCUUGUUGAAGCUCAAGCUACCCGCACCCUCAGUGAGCCUCUGCCACUUGCGCAGCGCGGCUUCGACCCUUCGCCUUCCUUCCUUCCUCCGUUUUUUACUUUUGCACAUAAUCGGUGACUAUGCCGCCAAAACCACAACAACAACAACAACGACAACCGUCCGGCGCUGCGUCAUCGCGCGGCCGCGGUAGCGCAACCGGCAGGCCUGCUGCGUCUGCUCCUGGCCGUUCUGGGCCUUCGGCCGGCGGGAGAGGCACGGCUGCAGCUGCCACGGCUGGGGGCGGUGGCAGCAGCAGGGGGAGGGGCGGCGGCGGCAGUACGGGCGAUGCGCGUGGGAAGAGGUUGCAGCGCGGUGGGCGGGUAGAGGAGGGCGAUGGGCGAGAGGAGGACGUUGACAUAGAUGAGGAGCGGGAUGGGGAUGAGCUUGAGGGAGGGGAUGGUGGUGGUGGUGAUGAGGUGGAGGGAGUGGAGGAGGAGAAGGAGGAGGAGGAGGAGGAGCGGGAGAAGAUCCCGCCGGAGCUGUUGACGAGGAUUUUGCAUGAGUUCUUUGAGAAGGAGGGCACGAGGAUUACGCGCGACGCGAACGCGGCCGUGGCGAGGUAUAUGGAUGUGUUCGUGAGGGAGGCAAUUGCUCGGGCGGCGGUGGAGAGGGCCAGCGGGUUUCUGGAGGUUGAGGAUCUGGAGAAGAUCGCGCCGCAGUUGUUGAUGGAUCUGUGAGCCGUCCUGGUGGAAUCCAAGCAGGGGUUUCUACCCGGACGCCAGCACCAAAGGGUGGUGACGAACGGCUGUGGAGGAGCACAGCGGCCCGCGGCAUGAGAUGGGAGACCGGGCCUCAUGGGCUUCCGUUACACGCGCGAGAGCGAUGCUCCUGAACCUUGCUCGCCUGCCCUCCAAACUCACUCCUGAUUCGGGACAUUUUCCAUCAUCAACAUGGACACAACAUCGUCGUUGAUUGGUGGAUGCGCAGUUCCUUACUAUGCUGUGAUUCCGGGACUUGGUCUCGGGAAGCCCCAUGAACCAGGUGCAGGAGCUGCGGUGUCCUGAAAGAGCUUGGCCUGGUUGCGCUGAGCCAUCAACCAGUUGGAUGGCAGGUGUACUCAGCUGUAUGAGCUGGCGGGUAAGCAGAGCGGUCAGGGGGUGAGGCGCUCAAAGGGACUACAGCACGAGGCAGUUUGGUCCUUCUGCUUUAUGCUAAAGAAAUUACCCCCAUGACUCUCUCGAUUUGGCUAUGUGGUGUCUGACUCGGCAAAGGAGACAAGGCGGUAACCUCUCACAACCUCGUGGGCGUGCCCGUUAAUCGAGCUGAAAUACAUUCCAGAGUACACAUAGCUUGUACACGUCCUACGGACUGUCCAACGCCAAUGCGAUACGUGGCAGUGCCUUGCUGUUCACUCGCCCCCAGCGGCUGAUCGCGUCCAUAAGCUCGGAGUUGAAGUGCGCCUCACAUGUCUGAUUCCUCGCCUCUAUCAGAAUCCCGCUAUCCGGCACUUCAUAACUACCAAAGCACCCCACCGGUCAUUCCAGGAUAAAGAUCAAGCUUUCGGGGCACCAAGGGUUACCAAACCACCCAGCUAAUUCCUUACCCUUUUACGCAUGCCACCAUGAC